GAGGAAAAGUGUAUUUAAGUCGCACACUCUUCAAACUCACACACCAGAUUCAUCUGUGUUUGGAUUACACAUUAAAAGACAAACAUGAAGAAGAGUGGCAUUUCUCAGUUUUUGUUGCUCUGUUUAUAUCUUGCUUUACACCCCUCCAGUCAAACAGACACCAGUUCCUUCCUUAUCUACAAUGAGGACCACAACAAAUGUGUGAAUGUGGUUAGUGCUAAUGUGGUGCAGACAGCUCCAUGCGACGUCUCUUCCGAAGCUCAGCGUUUCCGAUGGGUUUCCUCUUCAAGGAUUGUCAGCAUCUCUCUGAAACUCUGCUUGGGUGCCCAGAACAUCAAAGACUGGGUGAAAAUUCUCCUGCUGCCCUGUGAUGAACAAAGUCCCCUACAGACCUGGGAAUGUAAAAAUGAGACGCUGUUUGGCUUAAAGGGACAGGAUCUGCAUCUAAACUAUGGCAAUCGAAAGGAGCCAAAUAUGAUGUUGUAUAAGGGAUCUGGUCUCUGGAGCCGCUGGCAGAUUUAUGGGACCAAAGAAGAUCUGUGCUCUCGCGGAUAUCAAGAGAUAUAUACUAUAGGUGGUAAUUCAUUUGGGAAACCAUGCCAGUUUCCUUUUAAAUUUGGUGAAAAGUGGCAUGCCGAGUGCAUCUUGGAGGGCAGAUCGGAUGGCCAUCUCUGGUGUGCUACAGAAACAGACUACAACACAGAGAAGAAGUGGGGCUUCUGUCCAACUAAAUCCGGCUCAGGUUGGGACACUGAUCCAGUAACCGGUGUGUUGUAUCAGAGGAACACACAGUCAGUGCUCACCUGGCAUCAGGCUCGAACCAGUUGCCAGCAGCAGAACGCGGAUCUUCUCAGCAUAGCAGAAGUGCAUGAGCAGACUUAUAUAUCAGGCUUGACAAAUAUCUUGGGCUCGUCGUUAUGGACUGGACUCAACAGUCUUGAUUUUGAGAGCGGCUGGCAGUGGAGUAAUGGAAACCCAUUCAGAUAUCUCAACUGGGCUCCUGGUCACCCCUCAUUGGAGCCGGGCCUGAACUGUGCAGCGUUAAAUGCUGGUAAAGCGUCUAAGUGGGAGAGUAUGGCCUGUAGUAAGAAACUUGGCUACAUCUGUCGCAGGGGCAAUUCUACAGAUGUAACUCCACCAGCAGGUAAGGAUCAGCCGAGCUUCUGUCCAGCGGCAUGGGUUCCAUACGCGGGUCACUGUUAUUAUCUGCAGCGCACUAAGAAGAUGUGGAGCGCUGCCUUAGUGGCCUGUCAUAAAGAAGGAGGAGAUCUGGUCAGCAUACACAACAUAGAGGAGCACAGCUUCAUCAUAUCACAGAGCGGAUACUUGCCCACCGAUGAACUCUGGAUAGGUCUGAAUGAUCAGAAGAUUCAGAACCUGUUUGAGUGGACAGACCGAUCACAUGUCACCUUCACAAAGUGGAUAGUUGGGGAACCAUCACACGCCACAAACCGCAUGGAAGACUGCGUUCUCAUCAAAGGAAAGGAGGGAAAGUGGGCAGAUUACACAUGUGAGGCGGAGCUUGGCUACAUCUGUAAGAAGAAAGCGUCCAGCAGACCUAACGGUGCUCCGGAGGUGAUCAGCCCUGGAUGCCAAGCUGGUUGGAUUAGAUAUGGCUCCUACUGUUAUAAUAUUGCUAUGGAAACCAAGACUUUUGAUGAGGCCAAACAAAUAUGUCAGCAGACUGGAGCUAACCUGGUUAACGUUGCCAACAGGUAUGAGAAUGCUUUUCUCAUUAGCCUUGUUGGUCUCCGGCCUGAGAAAUAUUUCUGGAUUGGUUUGUCAAAUACUGAACAAGCUGACCGCUUUCAAUGGAGCAACGGCGAUAAAGUCAAAUUUACACACUUUAAUAUAGGGUUGCCAGAUAAGCACCAGGGUUGUGUUGCCAUGUUAACAGGGAUGUCAGCAGGAUUAUGGGAUGUACUGGCCUGUAAAAGUAACCAGAAGUACAUCUGCAAAAAAAUUGCUGAAGGUGUUACAACCACCCGAGAGCCACCAACGACUCAACCGCUCAGCUGCCCAGUUGGAUGGAUUAAAAAGGAUCCACACAAUUGCAUUCGGAUAUACCAGAAACAAAAGGACGAGAAAAAGACUUGGUUUGAAGCUCGUGAUUUUUGUCGAGCCAUUGGCGGUGACUUAGCGAGCUUUCACUCUCAAGAAGAAAUUAACGCUAUGCCGUAUAUGAGUGGGGACACAGCGUGGAUAGGAUUCACUUCCCUGGACAGUAAUUCUGGUUUUGUUUGGUCUGAUGAAACCCCUUCUGAUUUUGAUAACUGGUCUUUCGGGGAACCGAACAACUACAACGAUCAGGAGCACUGUGGCGAAAGCGGCUUUUAUUACGCUCGCAAGUGGAACGAUAGGGAUUGUGAAGCCUAUAAUGACUGGAUCUGCCAGAUAUCAAUAGGCACAACUCCAAAAUCCCCACCAUCUACUUCAACCCAGGUGGAAUAUAACAAGACUGCUGAUGGCUGGAUCCUGUUCAACAAUAGUCAGUACUUCAUUAAUAGCGACCUCUUGCCUAUGGAAGAUGCUCGCGCAUUCUGCAAGAAGAACCAUGCAGAUCUUGUCGUCAUUACUAGCCAAACCGAGAGGAAGUUUUUAUGGAAGCAGAUCUCUAGAGGAUCAGAAGGUCAAUACUACAUUGGCAUGACUGUGGGGUUGGACAAAUCAUUUUUUUGGGUGGAUGGUUCACCGGUCGUAUACACUUCAUGGGAUCAAAAUGAACCAAAUUUCGCCAACAAUGAUGAGAACUGUGUGACUAUUUACAAGAGUAUGGGAUUCUGGAAUGAUAUCAACUGUGGUGUGGCUCUACCCUCGAUCUGUAAAAGAAGUUCUGACUUUGUCAAUGCCACCAUGAUCCCCUCCACUGUGUCACCGGGAGGUUGUGCGCCUGAUUGGACAAGAUUCCAUGGCAGAUGCUACAUUUUUAUUGCCAAAAAGAUGUCCUGGCAUGAUGCCCGAGACCACUGCAAAUCACACGGAGGAAACCUGGUAUCCAUUCUGAGUCAUGGAGAGCAAGCAUUUCUCACUACUGCAAUGCUUCGAUCAUCGGAUGAUGUGUGGAUUGGUUUUAAUGAUGUUAACUCGGAGAUGCGUUUCUUGUGGACUGAUGGUAGAGGUGUCAGCUUCACGAACUGGGCCAAAGGUCAGCCUGUAUCAAUGCCAGAUCAAUCUUCCAGGGCAUUUGGCUACUUUGACUCAGAGUCAGAUCUUUGGGACUCUGUGUUGGGACGUGACCAUUUCAUAGUACCAGUAGAACGGUAUGACUGUGUCGUCAUGGUGAGAAGCCCUAACAAGAUGACGGGUUUGUGGAAAGUUGAGAACUGUGGAGAUCAGAGAGGAUUCAUCUGCAAAAGGAAAACAGAUGCUCAGCUCCCUAGUCAGGUGACUACAGCAAUGCCUCAAAAGUUCUUCACUAUGGGCAACGAUUCAUACAAGGUGCAGCUGGAGAAAAUGAGCUGGGAUGAAGCCAGGAGACAGUGUAAAGCAGAUGAUGCUGAUCUAGCUAGUGUGCUGGACUCCAUCAGUCAGGCGUACACCGUCCUCAGAGUCAGCAAACUCAAAGAACCGCUGUGGAUCGGACUCAACAGCAACAUGACAGGUGGGCGGUACCGCUGGGUGGAUAACUGGCUUCUGAGCUACAGUAAAUGGGCGACAGGAGAGCCCAAAAACAAUUUAGCUUGUGUGUAUAUUGACACAGACGGUGACUGGAAAACCACAGCAUGCAGCAGCAAGUAUUUUUCCCUCUGCAAACACUCCUCAGAUAUUGCCCCCACAGACCCCCCUCAACUGCCAGGGAACUGCCCUGAGUCAAAGAAACGUAAAACAUGGAUCCCUUUCAGAGGACACUGUUAUGCCUUCCUGAACUCCAUGUCAGACAACUGGGCUCAUGCUACAGUGGAAUGCAUGAGGAUGGGUGCAUCAUUAGUGAGUAUAGAAGACCCAACAGAAUCUCAGUUUAUCCAUCAGAAUGUGGAGAUCCUGCAGGAUGGAAGCAAAUCAUUCUGGAUCGGCAUGUACCGCAGUCAUAUGGGUGAUUGGAUGUGGAUCGACAAUAUGGUGGUAGAUUACACAAACUGGAAACCGCGGAUGCCCAGUGACUACGGCGACUGUGUGGAGGUCCAGUCCAGCACUGGGAUGUGGAGUACCACCAGCUGCAAAAGUUAUAGGCCUUAUAUAUGCAAAACUGUGAAAGUUUUACCACCGACAGAGAAAUCAUCAAUUCCACUGCCUGUGGUGGAGGACGCGCCUCACGGCUCUGCUGGCAUCAUUGUUGCAGUGAUUUUGAUCGUAAUUGCUGUGGUGGGACUCUCCGUAUUUCUGUUCUUUAAGAAAAUCCCUCGGCCUUUCAUUGGAGAGCGUGCGUUUGACAACAGACUCUAUAUCAACUCUGAUCUGACACGCUCUCCUACCACUGUUGAUACAAAGGGACUUGUGGCCAACAUUGAACAGAAUGAGCACGCCUAACACAAAUACACACAUAGAGACACACACAACCAUCACUAUUUUGAAACAUCAUGUCAAUUGCACAAAAUAUUUAGGAUAUUUUGGAAUAUUUUGAAUUGAUAUAGGAGGAGAACAGAGAAUAUCAUGCAUCUGGAAUAAAAAUUAGAGGUUUUUACUGCAUGUUCUCAUAAAUAUAUUUAAUAUAUCCAGGUAUAUGAUUUAAUGAAUCCAUGUAUAUGACUCCAUUUUUAGUAUAAAAAGAUAAAUCUGACAAUGUAUACAACAAUUUUGAGUUUUACACUGUCUCUAUGUGGUCUUUGUGACUGAAGAUGUGUUUAUAGUUGGGAUAAUAUCAUGUCACUAGUGAGUUGAGUAGCUGAUCUUUUUUGUCAGUGUUUGGCACCUUUCUUGGCAUUCUUAAGUUUCUUUUAAACUAUUCUGCUGAAUUUAUGCAGCAUGAGGUUGCGUAACAUCAAACAGGAUAUUAUCCAAUCAUGAUUUUUGGAUUUGUAUGAGAGCAAUAGGGUCAUACCACACUAGAAGUGGUACAAUAACACUUUUCUUAAAAGGUUAAAACCACUGCCUGAUUUAAAUAACAGCCACAAUUUUGACACAACAGUAAAUAUUGUAACUUGGCAUUCUCAAAAUUUCUUAAAGGGAUAGUUCACCCAAAAAGGAAAAUUCUCUCAUCAUGUACUCACCCUCAUGAUAUCCCAGGUGUGUAUGACUUUCUUUCUUCACCAGAACACAUUUGAAGAGAAACAGAAAAAUAUCUCAGGUCCUUAAAAUGCAAGUGAAUUCGCUCCAAAAAUCAAGACAGUCAGUAUAUAUGUCAUCGUUACAACUCCAGGGGUUAAAUGAAUGUCUUCUAAAGCGAUACGAUCGCUUUUGGUGCAAAAAAUAUCAAUAUUUAAGUACUUUUUAACUAUAAACCAUAAUUUCCGGUCAGCAGCAGUAUAGGCAUUUGUGUUGGCAUGUUACGGACAUAAUCUCAAGUUCUUUUCUUGGUUGAGACAUCCAAGAUAAGCAGACAAAUGCACCAUAGUGAAAAGAAACAGAUAAAUACAGUCUAAACCAAAAUCAAUGAAGCUUCUGUACAGCAUUCCUCUUUCUCACUUGUAAACAGCGCUGCUCUUCCCGCUGUGUCGCAUGUGCCUCAGUUCUCACGUGUCUCACAUGCCAACACGAUUAUGUCACACUUUAAGAGAAUUGUUGGAAAUCCUAUGAUUGUUCAACUUUCCUUCAGUGGGCAACUUGGUUGGACUUACGAUAACAUUUGAGGAAAAAAUACCAAAGUAAAAAGUGAAUUAAACACUUUCUCCCCCAAAAGACCGAGGUGUGAAUGUUUGAGACAUUAAGUGGGUACUUAUACAGUACUCGCCUAAUGGAAUUUGUUACUAAUUUACUACCAAAAAAAAAAAAAGGAAGAUUUACUCAAUGAACCCCACAUGCAUGAACACCCUCUCGGACUGCCCCCUGUACCCAAAACCCACAUUGCUAUAUUGAGACUGAUCAUCUAUGAUCACUAUGGCAACUAGAAACCUAUUAGGGUUGAAGCAGCGAUCUGUAAUCCACUGAAAGCUGCACAAGCAUAAUUACUCAUUAGAGGGUUUGAUCUGGAAUUCCCUCUUUACUCUCUGCUGUGUCUUUCAUUCUGUAACAUUCUGUUAUUUCAACUGAAAAAAAAAAAUCAAGGUUCAUAAGUGAUUGAAGGUAAGACUGUCUGCUUUGUGGAGAAAUCUGUUAAGGAAGUCUUGAGCAGGGGUGUAGCAUUCAUUUUAAAAGUGUGUGUGUGGGGGGGGACACAGUCAGCACUUACAGUGCGGUAUUAAUAUAGUAAUAUAUUACAGUAUAUAUUAAUAUAUACUUAUAUAUUAAUAUAAUACUUAUAUCACACUUAUAUGUAUUAUUUACUUUUAAUAUUUGUAGUAUUUUAAAAAUUCAAGUAUUGCAAAUUGCAAAAUUUUGCAGAAUUAGCUGCAAAAAUAAAGUGCAUCUUGUGGAGCACUUGCUUCUGUUUCACACAUGACAAUAAAAGACUGAGCACAAGCUGGUCCUGAAUAAAUGAUUCAAUCAAUUACAGUAAUGACAAUUGGGCAUGUGCACAAUUACAUUUUUUACACUGUGCUUGUGCAUUGUGGGAUUUGAAUGUAUCCAAGUGGCUCGAGAGUUUUGGCUACAUUCACCAAAAUUCGUUCAGAUCCAUUUAAUGAUUCAGUGACCAGAAGGUGUUGAUAAAUGAGUGUCUUGUGUGAAAUGAGUUCAAAAGAAAAUUGUAAUCCUUUACAAUUUGUAUGUCUAAAGACUAGGGCUGUCACGAUUAUGAAAUUUGGCUGAUGAUUAAUUGUCAAACAAAUAAUUGCGAUUAUGACGACUAAUUGUCUGUUUUAGGGCUGUGACAAUUAAUUGUCUCAUUAAGGGUUUUUACGACUAAUUGUCAUAUAAAUUGUCAUAUUUUUUAAGGUGUGCUUUUUUAUGCUUGUUUGCUUUAUACACCUUAAGAAGUAAUUUUUACAUAUUUACCUUCAAAUAUGUAAAUCAAAUAAUAAAAUAGUGAUAAACUAUGAUUUAAUUUUUAGGCUUUAAAAGCUUAUGAAUGACAUGAAAAAUAAAAUAAGUAUCAAAAUAUUUCUAAAUUAAAACAUGUCUCUCUUUUUGGUCAACUUUAGUUUUGGUCAAUAUUAAACUUGUUUUUUGAACUCAUAAAUUUUAUAUUAAAAUAUCUAUUGUCCGUAUGUCUACAUCGUUAUGUAAUCAAUUUAUAACGGAAUUAGUUGUGUUUGACAACCAUUAUAAGAAAAAUACAUGAAAAAUAAUUAGAUUAUUUGUCUGAAUAAAAUUCUCCACCAUUAAAAUCAUAAUACAACGUCUCCUUGUAUCCGCUCACAAUUUCUAUUGUAAGGAAUUAGCUUUAAUAAGGAAUUAUGAUUAAUUCACUUACUGGAGUAAUAUUAAUCUCAUGGUUUAUUGAAAAUAAUAUCAGAAAUAUUUUAAAUAUAGCUUUAGGGCCAGAUCGUUGAAAAAAAAUCAAGUGACGAGAUUAUUUAUCAAAAUAUACCACAGUCAAUAUUUGAAUACAAACAAGACUUUAUUGCUAAUCUAAACAUAAAACAAAUCUAACACAUAAAAACAUGAAACAGGUUGGUGAGUAAAGUGAAAAGAGUAGUUUGAUCUAUACAGAGAAAAUUAACUUUAUGGAGUCUGUAGAAAAUGCCUUAAGAACCAUUGAUACUUAAUUCUGUCUAACUCGAUUUGCAAUAGGGUAACGUCAUGGUUACUUGUGUAACCUCUGUUCCCUGAUGGAAGGAAUGAGACGUUGUGUCAAUGUAGUGACACUAGGGGUCACUUUUGGGAGCCUGAGACACCUCUGGUCUUUGAUAAAAGGCCAAUGAAAAUUGGCGAGUGGUAUUUGCAUGCCACUCCCCUGGACAUACAGGUAUAAAAGGAGCUGGUAUGCAACCACUCAUUCAGGUUUUAUGCUGAGGAGCCAAGACAAGGUCUGGCCAUUUCAGCGGGUAGUUCUGCGUUGUGGCAGGAGGGACACAAAGUCUCAUUCCCUCCAUCAGGGAACGGUGGUUACACAAGUAACCAUGACGUUCCCUGUCUGUCACUCACUCGACGUUGUGUUGAUGUAGUGACACUAGGGGUCCCUAUACAAAACGCCACAACUGGCUGAACUGUGUUACGUGAACUGGCGGUGUGUGACGGGCAGACCACUGUGUGCCUCAUAGCCAGCACACCAGGUCGACACGUAACCUCCCCCAACAUAGUUAUGAACGUCGAACGGCCCUUUGGGGACAAGUCGACUACCCAAAAGAUAGAGACAGGUCGUAACCCAGUCGUGGCCUCUUUUCCGCUUCUUUUUUUCCACUCCCUAAAAAAGAAGGGGGAUUAUCCGACUGGGCCCCAGGUCUAGUCGGGGGGUGUCCCUCCUAAGGGGAGGGCACCGCGGAGACCACACCUCACCUAAUGAGAGGGGAGGAUAUUUAAGUGGAAAAAUACGUCACAUGGUCUUGCCGACCAUGUGGAGAGUCUCAUGGUAGAUCCUACCCAACAGGGGAGGAGUUACUACAAACAUGGAGACUGGGGUAGAGGGGCUCUGCCCAAGGAAGACGCAGUUUGCCAAAAGGGAAACGAAUUAGCGGAAGAUAUACAUCGCAUGGGGUUUUACCUUACAGGGAACCACCACAUGCGGAGCACCUACCCCAGAACAGGACUUUUAGUUAGCACGUGUACUGGGCGGCAGUGAGUCUCUCUGAAAACUCGACUGCCACAGAGCUCGGAGGAAGUCAACCAGUGAACAUAGUUUGUGAACACUACUGGAAAUUAAUGGCACACGUCUUCAGCUCAAAAGUGGUGGAAGGCGCUAUGUGCAAGCGAUACUGCUUAUCCGCUUGUAUUGCGUGCCACUACCUGGGAUGAAACCGGUUCCACCUGGAGAUUGUAGAACCUUGCAAAGUUGUUGGGUGUUGCCCAGCCUGCUGCUCUGCAAAUGUCUGUUAGAGAGGCACCCCUGGCCAGGGCCCAGGAGGCCGCUACACCCCUGGUAGAAUGGGCUCGUAGCCCUACCGGGGGCGGCACGUCCUGGGCGUGAUAUGCCAUAGCUAUGGUGUCAAUGAGCCAGUGGGCGAUCCUCUGCUUGGAGACAGCGCUUCCUUUCCGCUCUGCACCAAAGCAGACAAAGAGCUGCUCAGAGAUCCUAAAGCUCUGCGUGCAAUCCAAAUAAAUGCGUAAAGCACUCACAGCAACGACAGGGCUGGGUCUGCCUCUUCCUGGGGCAGCGCUUGCAGGUUCACCACCUGGUCCCUAAAAGGGGUCGUGGGAACCUUGGGCACAUAGCCCAGUCGGGGUCUCAGGAUCACGUGAGAGUAGCCCGGACCGAAAUCCAGGCACGUUUCGCUGACAGAAAACGCUUGCAGGUCUCCUACCCUCUUGAUGGAAGCCCAAUAAUCAUGGUUGUCUCAAAUAAUCGUGGUUAUAUCAAAUAACCGUGGUCAGACGGUUAUUUAAUAAUCGUGACAGACCUACUACAGACCUACAAGGAAACUUUAGUAGAGGUUUUAACCAUUAUAUGAACAAAGAAAAUCAAUCAUUUCCCUACAGUUUGUGAGCUGUUGACCAUGACUUUUAUCAAAAGACAAUUAUAAUAGUCUUAUAAUAAUUAUGAUGAGUUUCAAUAACGUUCGUACGUUUUCAUGUAUAAAAUAGCAUGUCUACAUAUUUAUUCACUUCAGUAAAACGCCGUUGUUCUAAGAACACAGCAGAUCUAUCCUUUUUCCUACAGUUUGUCGACUGCACACCAACAUAGAGGUAAAAAUCAGGAGCUGAUAUUAAAAAUAGCUUUACAUAUUUAACACAGAUCUAGUAAUCUGCUUGAAUUGGCAAAAAGAACCAAUCAAACUUUUACCUCAUGAACAUAAUGUGAAAAGCAUAACUUAAUGAAGACUCAUGCGCUGAUAUAAAUUCCACUUACAAUGUGUGCUUAAAAGAAGGAUUGUCUUUUGUUUUGAUUUUUCUGCAGUGCAUUUCACGUAAUGCUGCCAAUCAAGAACGUUAUGCCGAUAAAUAACUCUCAUUUGUGUGUUCCACAUCUCUAGAUUAAUCAUUUAGAUCAACAUCAAUGCCAAUAAAAAACAUGGAUAAAUGAG